UGUCUUGCCUUCUCGCCCUACGGUCCUGUGUGGCUCCUCUUCCUCUGUGCGCUCGAGCUAAGGCGUCAGCAUCCCUUGGCUAGGAUUUUCCCAGUGACACCUAUUCCUAAAAGAUGUUGGAAUCGGGGUUUUAAAUGGCUCCCUCCCGAGCUGGGUGAUGCUGGAGAGCUUCGUCUUUCGCAGGGACGACCCCGAGUCCUUCCGCGAGGACGAGAGGACCUCGGCGAGCUCCCCUUCCGCGUCUCCUUCAUCCUCGCCGAUCCCCCGACCCCGUCGCGCCUCUUCGUCUCGUGGCCCGACGGGCCCAAGAGAGGGAUGGCGUGCCACCUCGUGGCGGCGCACGGCGGCCUCGUCCUCCUCAGGCUGGACUCCGUCGUCCUCGACUCGACCGAGAAGCACCCCACGCCUUACAAGGCGGUGAUCCACGACUACUUCGUCUACUACAUACCGGCCGGUCCAGACCCCAGACGCUCGCCGCCGCCGCCGGAGCGUCGGCCCUCGCUCAAACGGCUGCCGGCUUACGCCGAGUAUUCCUCCAUCGUCGACAAACCCGUCCUGUUCCCGUUCGAGACCCAAUCUGUUGGUUUGUGUCGCCGCGGCGAAGAAGAAGAGUUUGCCCUGGCGUAUCUCGGCAUACACAGGACCGGCAAAUCGGCGGGGGCAAACCCCGCAAGGAGCUCUACCGCAGCUUGUGCGUCACCGGAGAUGGCCAUCAGCUGAGGUUCGUCGACGUUGCCCGUGACGACGGAGAAGGCAUAGGCCAGAUGAAGCCCUGCGAAGAAUGCUACAUUGCAAUAUAAUUAAAUAGGUAUAUUACUUGGACACAAAAGGUUGAUCAAUCAAAGGUAAGAAGGAAGUAUAACUAUAAGGUUUAUUGUGAGCUUGCAAGUUUACAA